AUGCCCCCCGGUGAACUACGGGUGCUCAAACCAAAUGCCCCAGACACGGUGAACUACGGUCCCCCACUACUCAAACCAAAUGCCCCAGACACGGUGAACUACAGUCCCCAACUACUCAAACCAAAUGCCCCAGACACGGUGAACUACGACACGGUGAACUACGGUCCCCCUACGGGUGCUCAAACCAAAUGCCCCAGACACGGUGAACUACGGUCACCCCCUACGGUGCUCAAACCAAAUGCCCCAGACACGGUGAACUACGGUCCCCCACUACUCAAACCAAAUGCCCCAGACACGGUGAACUACGGUCCCCCACUACUCAAACCAAAUGCCCCAGACACGGUGAACUACGGUCCCCCCACUCAAACCAAACAGACACGGUUUGCUGGACCUCCAGGGGACUAUGUCUACUUGUUUGGCCACUUCCGCAUGGAGGAGUGUGCCCCACCAGGCUGUCUGAUAGAGCUGUGUAUCCAGCUUAGUAUGAUCAUGUUGGGAAAACAACUCAUCCAGAACAACGUGUUCGAGAUUGUUAUACCUAAGCUAAAGAAAAUGUACAGAACAUACAAGGAGAAGGAUAAAGGAGGAGAGGAAGAUGAGGAUGAGGAGGAGACGAAGAGGCCGAAGCAACAGUGGGACAAAGACUUCUCUCUGGAUCCCUAUGAGGGUCUUAGCCCGGAAUACAUGGAGAUGAUAAUCCAGUAUGGGUUUGUCACCAUCUUCGUGGCAUCGUUCCCUCUGGCUCCUCUCUUUGCUCUGCUCAACAACGUGAUCGAGAUCCGCCUCGACGCUGCCAAGUUCACCACAGAGAUCCGUCGCCCAGAUGCUGUGCGCUGCAAAGACAUAGGAAUUUGGUUCAACAUUCUCAGUGGAAUCAGCAAGUUUUCUGUCAUUACAAAUGCCUUUGUGAUCUCGUUCACUUCUGACUUCAUUCCUCGGACGGUGUACCAGUACAUGUACAGUCAGACUGGCAGCAUGCACGGAUACACAGAACACUCCCUGUCCUACUUUAACGUGUCCAACUUUGAGGCUGAUUCCUCCCCCUCCUCUACACUAUUUACUGGAGUCACCAUAUGCAGAUAUAAAGACUACAGGGACCCACCUUGGGGAGCUCAGCCCUACUCCUUCUCUAAACAGUACUGGUCUGUCCUGGCAGCUCGAUUGGCCUUUGUCAUCUUCUUUCAGAACCUGGCGAUGUUCCUGAGCAUGCUGGUGGCCUGGUUGAUCCCUGACGUUCCUCGUUCUCUUAGAGAACAGGUCAGGAAAGAGAACAUGUUGCUGAUGGAGUUCCUUGUUCAGGAUGAACAGGAGGCCCUACGCUCCAGACUUCCACACCGCUCCCCCACGCGACAACCUGCACAAACACAUAACACACACUCACACAUUGACAUAGUGGUGGAGGGGUCAGUGGGAGAAGAGGGGGCGGAGGAGGAGAAGAUGGACAGAUCAGGACAAACCCUGGAGAGCCCAGAUAGCACUGACCCAACAGAAGGAGGGGGAAAAGAUGGGAGAGAAGAAGAGGGGAAAGAAGAAGGGUCAGAAGAGCAGAGCGAAGGAGUGGGAGAAGGAGGAGGAGAAGAUGGGAGAGAAGGAGCAGAAGGAGACAGAGGAGGAGAAGGGCCAGACCAGGAGGAAGUCUCCGUUGUGGAUCUGAACUCUGUUAUGGACCAGCUGUAUCUGUCAGGUAAUAACACUAACCCCUGA